AUGGCCACAAACAUGAAGGCAUGGACUACUUUGUACGCCCUUCUUUUCCUCUUCUUUUCUUCCUCUCAUGUCUCCUCGGAAAGCACGUGCGACGCCACACCCUACCCAGAAUUCUGCAAAACUAUUCUCCCCCAUCAAUAUGUAUCCACACACGACCGAUGCCGUUUCUUCCUUCAACAAUCCCUAUCAACAACAAAAACCAUUUCAGAACUGGUCUCUUCUUAUCUCACAAACCAACACACCAUUCCUUAUUCAACAGUACACGCCCUUGAAGAUUGUCUCAAUCAUGCAGAACUCAACACUGAUUUCUUGUCCAAUGUCCUCCAAACCAUUGAAAACACCGUGACCAUGACAAGCUAUCAGGUCUAUGACUUGCAAACCUUGCUUAGUGCAACUUUAACCAACCAACAAACAUGCUUGGAUGGUUUUAACGAGGUAAUAACUCCCUAUCCUCUAGUUACCAGUGCCUUGACAAGUCCUCUUUCUGAUGGGACCAAACUAUAUAGCAUAUCUUUGGCCCUUUUCACCCUUUGUUGGGUUAGUGAUGCCACGGGAAGUUCAAAUUCAACCACAGUUGAGACUAUUCUAAAUAGAAAGUUAUUGCAAACAAGCGUUGACGAUGUUCUGGUGACACAAAAAGUGGUGGUGAACCCUGAUGGUUCCGGGGAUUUCACUAACAUCAAUGAUGCAGUGAGUGCUGCACCUAACAAUACCGGCACCAACAACGGGUACCAUGUAAUUUAUGUUGUCGCUGGGGUUUACAACGAGUACGUGUCUGUUCCUAAGAGCAAGAAGAACCUCAUGAUCGUUGGAGAUGGCAUCAACCGCACUGUGAUCACUGGCAAUCGCAGCGUGGUUGAUGGCUGGACCACUUUCCAAUCUGCCACUUUUGCUGUAGAUGGAAAAGGGUUUGUUGCAGUGAACAUAACAUUUCGUAACACUGCGGGGCCGAGCCAGCAUCAAGCAGUGGCUGUGAGAAACGGGGCAGACAUGUCCGCGUUCUACAAUUGUAGUUUUGAAGGUUACCAAGACACACUCUACGUAUAUUCCCUAAGGCAAUUCUACAAAAGCUGUGACAUAUACGGCACAGUGGAUUUCAUAUUUGGCAAUGCAGCAGCACUACUCCAGGAUUGUAACUUGUAUCCAAGACUUCCUAUGCAAAACCAAUUCAAUGCAAUCACAGCACAAGGCCGAACGGAUCCAAACCAAAACACAGGCAUCUCAAUACACAACUGUAACAUAAUAGCAUCCAGUGAAUUGGGUGAUGCUAGCAGCAAUGAUAAUGGGAUAAUGACGUAUUUGGGUAGGCCUUGGAAGGAGUAUUCGAGGAGUGUUUACAUGCAAUGUUUCAUGGAUGGCCUAAUUGAUGCAAAGGGUUGGAAGGAAUGGUCGGGGGAUUUUGCUUUGAGCACACUGUAUUAUGCAGAGUUUGCUAACUGGGGAUCUGGUUCAAACACUAGCGAUAGAGUCACAUGGGAAGGGUACCAUAUCAUUGAUGAAAAUGAAGCAGAUGAUUUCACAGUGCACAAAUUUAUUCAAGGUGAUAAAUGGCUGCCAAAGACAGGAGUGCCUUUCAAAGCUGGGUUACACUGAAUUUUUUCAUGAUGCUUACACAUUUCAACUUCAUCUCAUUUAAUUUUACAACUUUACGGUUGGGCCGGGAAAGAUUAUGUUCCUUGAAGAAUAUUUGUCACAUCUACCAAAAAGAUAAACUUUAAAGUUUAUAAUAUUUUUUAUUCACGUAUUUUAUAUUUUAAACAUUUUCGCCGUCCAGAGGAUGUAUAAUUAUUUGAAUAUAUGUCCAUAUCGUACAUGAA